AUGUCAAACUAUGCUGAUUUGGUGAAUAAAUACGGUAAGGAGGCGUCGAGAUCUGCGUGUAAAAAGUGUGGUUAUGCUGGACAUCUUACGUUUCAAUGCAGAAACUUCAUUAAGGUGGAUCCAAACAAGGAGAUAGUCCUAGAUAUCAGUAGUACAAGUAGUGACAGUGAAGAGGAAUAUGCUACUCCACUACAACGACUUAGAGAAGCAGAGCUGAGGCAGAAGCUGCAGGAGAAGUUGAAGAGGGCCAAGGACAAAAAGAAGAAUAAAAAGAAGAAAAGAUCUAGGUCAUCUAGCACUUCAUCCACAAGCAGUUCUACAUCAUCAUCAUCAACUACAUCAACAAGCAGUGACUCAAAUGACAAUAGGGGAAAGAAACUCAAAAAGCGAAGUAAAAAAUCUAAGAAAUCCCAUAAAGAACAUAAAAUUCGAAGAAAAUAA